ACAGUUGCGCGACCUAUGUUUCUUCAGUGUUAUGCCGCAAGAUUCGAAAUAUCUCCUAGUUAAGUACUCAUCUGUAGUUUUGAGAAAUUUGAGGGUCUUGAACUAUGACUUUGAUACACUCCAUGUCCCUAAACAGCCAGAUUCAUUUUUGUCUUUUUUCAAAGUAUCCCGUAAAGCAGAGUUUAUACACAUACUUCACUUCCUAUUUCGAACACUAAAUCCUGCAAAAUAUAAUGAAGAAUUAAGUGGUCUUCUAGGACCCAAGUCUGAUAUUGGAUUCAAGAAUGCGACUUACCGCUGGUUACGCGUUUUGUCAGCCGAGUUUCCUAAAGUGAUUUCCAACUUUUUCGCCACAUGGAGUUGCCCUGCCGGAAUUGGUGUUAUGCGUCUUCUGGCAAAUUUAUCUUCUUAUGUCCUAGUAGUUUCAAACGACAUAAUACCUUUUGUUAAACAAAGCUUGGGAAAUAGUCUUGACUGUGAACGGGUGCAGUCAAACUCAAUGAAAAAUGCCCAGCUUAAUUUGGAAUAUCUGUUUUCUCGCAUUUAUUCAGAAGAGCUACUCCAAAGGGAACUACAGAAAGGAUAUGAAGCUUUGGAUGUUGAAGUUCAGCAUGCAUCAAAAGAACUUUUCAAAUUCAAGAAACUUAUUGUUUCAGAUUCCGAUUUUCAAACUGAUAUAAACAAUGCCAAAUUGUUUUCUCUUUGUUCUGAUGAAACUAUUGGAUUAUCGGAUGAACUGAUUGCUUAUCAAAUGCAAUUAAAGAAAGAAGUAUCUACUUUGAGACAACAACUUGAAACUUACUUAAUCAAACAUAAACCUUCUUUACUACUGUUAGACAAUAUACUGGAUAAUUUGAAUGAUCAAAAAUCAUUAACCUUAAAUGGUUCGAAUAUGAAAUUUCUACAGUCAGGAACAAUAUUCCCGUCAUAUUUAGAUGAAAACAAUAAGGAGGAAGAACCGAAGCAAACCGAUGACAAAUUAAAUUUUCAUUUAUUUCUACGUCAUUCAACAGUCUUUUUACAAACUGCUUUGAAAUCUUACAAACCUUGUUUUAUAAAUGAUAAAUUUGAAGAAUUAGUUUCUGCAAAUUCUAAAUCAUCCAGUCAAACUAAUUUAUCAGAUUGUCUCAAUGUUUUUAAACAAACUGUUGAUCAAUUUUACACUCAAACAUCUCCAAUCAAUUCUACUUGUUCAACUAAUUCGAAAGAGGAAUUUUGUUGCUUAAUGAAUAAAAUGCACAAUACUAUUGAUGAAUUACAAUUGGAACUGAAAGAUGAAUGGAUUCGGGAAUCACAGAAGAACCUAGACAUUCCAGAAUUUUCAGCGACCUAUUCGGUUGUAUCUAAACCCUGCAUUUGCCAAACAAGUAAUGAGUAUGAUGUAAAUAACAUGUCCAAUAACAAGUUCGAUACAUUAGCAGUGCCUACCUUGAAUAAACCAGAUAAAAUAGCACUCACAACACCAUCGUCACAUGAAUCUCCUCAAAAUGUAUGCAUCAGUUAUCAGCUAUUUGAAAAGUCACCAGCAUGUAGUAAUUCACAGUCAAACUUUCUCGACAAAACAACCAAUAAGCUUUCCAGAUUAUCACUUGAAUCUAAUUCAGUUAAUGAAGUGAGUAAAGUGAAGAGAGUAAACAAUGUAAAUCUUGAUUAUACAACUUCCAGUUCAUUAUCAACAUUUUUUUGGACAAAUUCAAACAGCUGUGAUGUUCCUUUGGCUAACAAUACUUUACAAAAUCUAAGUAUCAAUCCAUCAAAAAAUAUUCUUGUUACAGAUAAAGUGUAUACUGAUUUCACAAAGUAUCAACUCUUACCAUCAUCAUCAUCAUCAUCAACAUCAGAAAAUAUAGCUAAUCAAACUGACAUAUUGAAAGAUAGAGAACGUGAUAAUUCUUUCAAAGAUAUUUCAAAAUUGUCAUUAUCCCUACAAAAAUCACCUUCAAUACAAUCUUCUUUAAAGGAUCUAUCCAAUAUAGGAGGAACAUCUGUACCACUUCCAUUUCAAUCAUUCUCUUCUACCAUGGAAUUAAAAGAAUCUCUUUCGUGUACUCCGAAAAAUAACAGUUUCAAUUUGAUCGAUAAUGAUUUGGAUUUUAUCAAUGAUCUACUUCCAUCAUCUCCAACCUGAUGAUGUUGAUGUUUUUCUCCUAUUCAUUUCUCCAUCAAUCAAUCAUUUUUCAUUUACUUGUUGAUAUGUAAU